GACUCAUCUUCCUCGCUGGAGGGGUCAGAAUGGCUCCUUUGCAGCUUUGAGCAGGGUGAAAGGGCUUCCAGUUACGGACUUCAAGAAAGUAUCUCUGAAGUAUCUCUGGAGAUUGAUUCAGGCGCAGGUUAAGCGUUUCUCUUGCCUCUUGCUGCGAGAUUUGAAGGUUGACUUCAACUCGGCUCUCCCCCCGUCAGAAUAAAAUGACUACAGAUUAUGAAUCGUCAUCAGCCUUUGGUCUCCAGUUUCAGGAUGUGCAGAUGGGACUUAAAAGGGAGACCCAGGAUGAGCCGGCAGCUGCCCCCCAGCCAGGAUCUGAGGAAAUGGGAGAAGCUUUUCAGCAUCAGUGGACAGCCUUAUCUGUUAAAGCCGAACCAGAUGUGGGUCUGUGGUCCCACCAAUAUGAAGCUCAGUUGCAGGAGCUCGUGAAGACAAAUCAGGCCCCUUGCUCCAGACAGGGAAUCCCACCGCUGCCAGAAACUGUUCUUUGCGUUGAUGCCAAAGUAGUUGCAGCAAAGCAAUUGGCCCAAAUCCUGCCAUGUGCUCAGAAACCAAGUCAACAGGCCCGUGACAGGCUGGACUCCAUGGCGCAAGGAGGAGGCCACAAGAGAGAAAGACACGAUAUCCUGAACGAGGAGGCCGCCGUCAGCUCAGGUGUACCCUGCCAACACUUUAGGCAGCUCAGGUACCGGGAGACCGAGGGCCCCCGAGAGGUUUGCAGCCAGCUACGGGAUCUUUGUCAUCGGUGGCUGAAGCCGGAGAGGAACACCAAGGAGCAGAUCCUGGAGCUGGUGAUCCUGGAGCAGUUCCUGGCCGUCCUCCCUCAGGAAAUGGAGAGCUGGGUGAAGGAACAUGGCCCAGAGACCUGUUCCCAGGCGGUAGACCUGGCAGAAGAUUUCCUGCUGAGGCAGCAAGAUGCUAAGAAAGAGGAAGAACAGGAGCACUUUCACGUGAUCACAGUCAGCUUCCCAGGCGAUGAACAGACUUUGUUGGAAACCUCACAGAGCCAGUCCCACAGGGAGAUCAAGCAGGAGGAUGAAAGGGAUUCCAGCUCCCCAACAGGUGACGAACACAUGAAUGGGAUGCAUUUGGAGGAAGCCGAGCUUCGAAAGCCGAAGAAAAGCUCAGGAGAUCAACGUGGAUCAAACAAGCGGAAAGAAAAAACAACGCAGAGGCGGAGAGAGAACUCUGUUCUUUGUCAGGCAGGUGGUAUUGGAGGUCAACUGAGAAUCCCCACAGGAGAGAGCAGGGACAUGUGUGAGGAAAGCUCGAGUGAUGCUACAGGCCACGAUGCAUUCUUAGGAGACGAGCCUUAUACGUGCUCCGCCUGUGGGAAAGCCUUCCGUCUCAAGUCAAGCCUCAAAAGACACUGGAGAAGCCACACGGGCGAGAAGCCGUACACCUGCUUAGAUUGCGGGCGGAGCUUCAGCUGGAGGAGCAGCCUCACCACACAUCAGAGAACCCACAUGAGCGAAAAGCAGUACAAAUGCUCCAAGUGCGGGAAGACCUUCCGCUGGAGCCAGAACCUCACGAGGCACUGGAGCAUCCACACCGGGGAGAAGCCGUACAAGUGCUCCGACUGCGGGAGCAGCUUCAACCGGAGCCAGAACCUCAUCACUCAUCGGAGAAUCCACACGGGAGAGAAGCCGUACAAGUGCUCGGAGUGCGGGAGCACCUUCAACCGGAGCCAGAGCCUGAUCACGCACCAGAAGACGCACGCGGGAGAGAAGCUGUACAUCUGCUCGGACUGCGGGAAGACCUUCAACCGGAGCCAGAGCCUCAUUGCUCAUCAGAGACUCCACACGGGGGAGAAACUCUACAUGCUCCGGAUGAAAGGAGAGCUUGCGGGGAAAAUGCAGCCCCCUCAGACACGGGUGGAUUCGCACACUACGGACAUGAUAUAGUAGGGUUGCCAUAUUCCAAAAAGCGAAAAUCCAGACACAAAUGUUGUUGAGCAAGAUCUCCGGGCAAAAAAAGAGAAUGUUUUAAAGCUAUUUUUUAGGAAAUUUGC